AGUUAGGUACGAUAGUUGGUGGUCAUUUCGUUCCGAAACUCCGACCCGAAUGCCGGCGGUUUUUAUUUUUUUCAUUAUUGAAGAAAUGGGUGAUAUAGUCCGAAGACCUAAUACAUAUUUCCAACACGCCAGGGAGUAUAUAAGUCAAUUGCGCGAAGCUGAACGAAGACGACGUAGUUCCACUAUGAGCGACUCAAAUGUAUUGACAGUGGAGAGGAUGGUGGAAGCUCUCAGUCGUAAUAUAGUUUCUUAUAGUGAUAAACAAAGAAUACGCCGUUCGAAGUAUACUUUCAGUUUAUUUUUAUGUAAGUACACGAAAGUUUAUGGAGCAUCCGAUCCUGAAAUACAGGAUAAGAUUGAGGAGCCUUGUUCGAUAUGCCUUAUGGAGUACGAUCACACCAAACAGAUUCGACUUUUGAAGUGUGGCCACCUAUUUCAUCGCUUAUGCAUAGAUCGUUGGUUGUUGAGAUAUCUAACUUGUCCCUUAUGUCGCUGUGGAAUCUUAGGAAAUUAUUACACUUUUCCACCCGGACAGACUUCUGGGGAGCCACAAGCUGAAGAAAUUGUGGAAGGUGGAGAAGACACACCAGGUUAUCAACAAUACGCCGAUGAAGAUGAGCUCUCUGAAAAUGAUGAUGAAGAUGAUAGUUUGGAGGAUAUUGUUGAACAUGCUACUCAACGAGAAGUUCGAGUUGAUGUUUUAAGGGAAGUUUUUCCAACAAGCACCAAUCGGUCCAAUACAAACCAAGACGAUGAUGAUGAUGAAGAUGAAGAUCAAGUUGCAGCCAAAAGACCAAGGCUUGAUGGUGAAAGGAGUAAUGAUGGUGCUGGACCUAGCAGUUCACAUGAUGAAGAUAAUAUUGAUUCUGCAGAUGGAAAUGAGAGCACCUCUAAUUCACCAGAACCUAAAGAAAACAACGAAGACGUCUCAACCGCCCUGUGAUGAGGUAUUCACUAUUUUUUAGAAUAUAUUUUUUCUGUUUUCCAUGUUGAUUCGAUUCAAUUUAUGGAAAAAUUAGAAUAUUGUUUUGUUUGUUUAUUGUUUUAAAAUGGCAUGUUUCUAUUAAACGUAUUAAAAUACGUUUAAUGAUCAAUAAAUAGUUAUUACUUCAAUAAAAUAAAUUUUGUAGAGUGUGAUGAAUUUGUUCAAUAUGCUCUACAACUUUUAUUUUUUCGUUCAAUUAGGAAUACGUUAAGAAAAUUUUAGAAAAAUAGAGAUAAAGUUUAUUAAUCAAAAUUUUUUUCAUUCAUA